GCUGGAAUCUUCGUCACGGCGAGACGUUGAACAAUUUUGGCGGUAAAAUCCAGUGACAGCAUCAUGACGUGUCAAAUUGUAAUUGGAUGGAGAUGAAUGUCAUGUUCAUGGUGCAUGUCUAUCAUGAUGCUAUGUUGGUUAAUUUUCCCGCGCUAAAUAGGAAAGAUCCUUCACUCCUAGGGUUUUCCACUAAAAGAGGCCCAAAGUUAACAGAGAGAGAGAGAGAGAAUAGAAGAAAAUUUUAGGGCUCUUUGUUCUUCACUAAAAAUUAGUAAAAAGAAGAAAUUAAUAUCUUUGCUUUCUAACUGGUUUCUCUUCUUCUCGAUUUGUUUAAAACGCUGUGUUUUGGGUGGUAGAUUAGAAGCUAGGGUUUCGCUUCACUGGAUCUGUUACAUCUGUAGAUCCAGGAUCCCAACCAAUUUCAAGCCUUCAUUUUAACUUUUUGGAAAUUGAUGAACUCGGAAGGCAUGAAGCCUUCAGUAACAACUUCUGGUAGCACGGAUGACGAUGCCAUUGAAACUAGGUUCACUGCUUUUUGCAAGAAUGGAUUAUCUCUGGAAGAGAAAGCUUGCUCAAAUGCCAUGAAGCUAUUCAAAGAAACAAAACACCUUUUAUCCUCAAAUGUUUCAGCAAUUGGGAGUGGGACGCUGGAAGAAGCAGAGCGAUUUUGGUUUUCAUUUGUUUUAUAUUCGUUUAAGCGACUGAGCGAAAAGAUUGGAGAAAAUAAACAACAUGAGUCUGAUGAAAGUGGGUUUUCGUUAUGCCAUAUAUUGAGAGCUACAAAGCUGAACAUUGUGGAUUUUUUUAAAGAGUUGCCUCAGUUUGUGGUGAAAGCUGGUCCUGUUUUAAGUAACAUGUAUGGUGAAGAUUGGGAGAGUAAACUCGAGGCUAAGGAGAUGCAGGCCAACUUUGUGCACUUGAGCCUUAUAAGCAAGUCAUUCAAGCGUGCAUUUUGGGAACUCUUCUUGGCAAGUGAUGCAAAUGUUGACAAGCAGCAAAAUGCUAACAGUUCGCCAGAUUAUUUAUCAGAUUGCCACCGUUUUGGGUGGUUACUUUUUUUGGCACUCCGUGUGCACGCAUUCAGCCGUUUUAAAGACCUAGUGACCUGUGCAAAUGGUUUUGUUUCUAUACUGGUUAUUUUGAUUAUACAUGUUCCCAUUCGCUUCAGGAACUUCAAGAUCAGUGACACUCCACGUUUUGUUAAGAAAGGAGACAAAGGUAUCGACCUACUUGCGUCACUUUGCAACAUGUAUGAUGCUUCAGAAGAUGAUUUGAGGAAAACAAUGGAGAUGGCCAAUAAGUUAAUAGAAGAUAUAUUGAGAAAAAAGCCAUGUCCAGCAGCUGAGUGUAAAAUGGAAACACUGGAAAAUAUUGAUACUGAUGGCUUGAUCUAUUUUGAAGGUUUAAUGGAAGAACAAUCUCUUUCAUCCUGUUUGAAUAUUUUAGAAAAAGAUUAUGAUGAUGCAAUUUGUAAUAAAGGUGAUCUGGAUGAAAGGGUGUUUGUAAAUGAAGAAGAUAGUUUACUUGGUUUAGGGAGCUUGUCUGGAGGGGCUAUGAAUGUUACUGGUAUCAAGAGGAAACUUGAUUCAAUGGCCUCACCAUCAAAGUCAAUCUCAAGCCCGCUGUCUCCUCAACGGCCUCCUGCAACUCAUGUGAAUGGUGUCCUUGGGUCGCCGAGUGCGAAGAUGGCAGCUACCCCCGUCAGCACUGCAAUGACAACUGCAAAAUGGCUUCGUUCUGUUAUUUGUCCUCUUCCUUCAAAACCUUCAGCAGAGUUGCAGUGUUUUUUAUCAUCUUGUGAUAAAGAUGUUACCAAUGAUGUGAUAUGUAGGGCACAUAUAAUAUUGGAGGCAAUAUUCCCUAGAAAUCAUGAACGUAGUGCAACUGGAAGCCUUCAAAGUGUAAACCUGAUGGAUAAUAUAUGGAUGGAACAACGAAGACUAGAAGCACUAAAGUUAUACUAUAGGGUUUUGGAAGCUAUGUGUACUGCAGAGGUGCAAAUAUUACAUGCAGUUAACUUGACCUCUUUAUUAACUAAUGAGAGGUUUCAUAGAUGUAUGCUUGCUUGUUCUGCUGAACUAGUGCUAGCGACACAUAAGACUGCCACAAUGUUGUUCCCUACGGUACUGGAAAGGACUGGUAUUACAGCCUUUGAUCUGAGCAAGGUGAUAGAGAGUUUCAUUAGACACGAGGAGUCUCUGCCAAGAGAAUUGAGGCGGCAUCUAAAUUCUCUGGAAGAGAGGCUUUUGGAGAGCAUGGUGUGGAGUAAAGGCUCUUCAAUGUACAAUUCUUUGAUAGUUGCAAGACCUUCCCUGUCUGCUGAAAUAAAUCGUCUUGGCCUAUUGGCAGAGCCAAUGCCAUUGUUGGAUGCAAUUGCCAUGCAUGUAAACUCUUCUGGAGGUACACCUCCAGUGUCCACUUUGCAGAAGCAUGAAACAUCAACAGGUCAAAAUGGGGAUGUCAGGUCUCCCAUGAGACCAUGUGCAGAGUUUAGAAGCGUUUUGAUUGAACGGAAUGCUUUUACAUCACCAGUGAAGGAUCGUCUAUUAGCAUUAAGCAACCUUAAGAAGGCUCCUUUGCAAUCUGCAUUUGCGAGUCCAACACGUCCUAACCCAGGCGGCGGAGGAGAAACAUGUGCAGAAAUAGGAAUAAAUAUAUUUUUUAGCAAGAUUAAUAAGCUGGCUGCCAUCAGGAUUAAUGGUAUGGUUGAGAGACUACAAUUGUCUCAACAGAUUAGGGAGAGUUUAUAUCAUCUUUUUCAGCAAAUACUUAUCCAGCGGACUUCUCUGUUCUUUAACCGUCAUAUUGACCAGAUCAUCCUUUGUUGUUUCUAUGUAGUUGCAAAGAUUUCUCAGUUGCGCUUGACUUUCAAAGAAAUCAUUUGCAACUAUAGGAAGCAACCACAAUGUAAACCUCAAGUUUUCCAAAGUGUAUUUAUUAACAGGUCAUCUGCACGACCAUCAGGGAGAACCGGGCAGGAUAAUAUUGAUAUCAUUGCAUUCUACAAUGAAAUAUUCAUUCCUGCUGUAAAGCCUUUGCUGGGAGAACUUGGUUCUGCUGGAACAACUACAAGAACAAGCCGAGUUGCUGAAGCCAACAAUAGUAACGAUGGUCCAUGCCCUGGAUCUCCUAAGGUUUCUCCUUUUCCAAAUCUCCCUGAUAUGUCCCCAAAGAAAGUAUCUGCAACCCACAAUGUAUAUGUGUCUCCAUUGCGGACAUCCAAGAUGGAUGCUCUUAUCUCUCAUAGCUCAAGAAGCUACUAUGCUUGUGUCGGAGAGAGUACUCGUGCUUUUCAGAGCCCUUCGAAGGACCUAACUGCCAUCAACAAUCACUUGAACGGUAGCCGGAAGAUCAGAGGGGCACUCAACUUCGACGACAUUGAUGUCGGCUUGGUUAGUGAUUCCAUGGUUGCAAAUAGCCUUUACCUGCAGAACGGGAGCUGCACAUCCUCAUCUGGUGCACCUUUAAAAUCUGAGCAACCGGAAUCUUAGCUCAACGCAGGUAUUCCUUGUAAAUUCCGCCCUUCUUCCGUGUCCUUCAUAGAUUCUACGUGUGUACGUUCGUUACCGGGGGUACGUAUGAGCGGUGAGUUGGUGUUGAAUAGCCGCCACCUCCCGCUUUGUGUUUACGAAUGUUUGCUAGCAGUACUUUUAAGCUUGGCCUAACAAAUUGAAUAAAGUUUGUCUGUUUGUAGCCAAAUAAUACACGUUUGAUGACCAUUUAUUGGAAUUACAAUGCUCUUUACUUUUAAGGGGUAAUUCUGUUGGGGUAUAUUUUAGUUAGGGUGUAAAUGAACCGAGUUU